AAAAAGCUGAAUUUCGCGGCAAACGAAAUAUUGUUGAACGCGCUGUGCUCGUUAACGAAUUCUUUUUUACUUUCAAGUUAUAUUAAAGUGCUCAGAAUCCCAAAAUGCAGUUCAAGUUAGAACUACCGAGAUUGAAACUAGAAGAAGUGAGGACAUUUAUCAAGUCCAUGGAUCUGGACAGUAAAGAAUCGAUGCAGAAACGUAAACGAAAUUCUUCAUUCAUUCCGUUCGAAAAUUUCCUAUUGGAUGAUAUCUACUUCGGUCGUGCCAACAGCAAACGCAACCGAACGCUAAGCGCAUCUGUUGUGGAAGUUCAACGAUCGCAUAGGAAAACCAACGAGAAACGGCACGUUAUUGAGGUGAAAUUCUUUAAAGAAAAUGAAAAUGUGGAAACCGUCUUCUGUACGUUAUGCGACAAUGCUAAAGCCAGCUGCAAUGCUAUUUCUCCUUUCGUCACUUGGAUUGAGGUUAAUUUGCCGAAAGGCAAUUCCGAGAAUGUGGCUCCUGAAGAAAACAUACAGAAAAAGAACGGAACAAGAGAAUGCUACGUGCUUGUCAAGAAGGAAAUUAUCACGCCCGAACCAGCAUCGGCAGCUCCAGUAGCACCAAAAGCGUUGACGAAGGUAAAGAAAGAGAGAAUCCCCAUCACCCCACUUCAGCUGGAAAGUGCCCAAAAGUUAUCCAUGUUUAGCUUGAUCAAAGAAUACAAAGGUAAUAGUCCGGAGGAUUUUUUGAAACUAUGCACUGAUCGUAUGAUGCGAGAAAACAAUUGCGGCUCGAUCGAGCUACUGACGAUUGAGCAGGCGGACACGGACCUGUGGCACGAGCUGCGCAAAGGACGCAUAACGGCGUCCCGCAUACACGAAGCUUCUCGCUGUACAAUGCUCAAUGGUUCGUUGACAGACAAAAUUAUGGGCCUCUCUAGGGGCUUCUCUUUUGCCAUGAAGCGUGGCACGGAUCUGGAAGGGCACGUAUUUGCCGUGCUGAAGAAGGAGUACCCGAAUCUACGUAAUACCGGGCUUGUACUAGAUCCGCAAUUUCCGUGGAUGGGCGCAUCGCCUGACGGGAUCUGCGACGAAUUCGUACUGGAAAUUAAGUGCCCGUAUACGCAGAAGACGUACGAUUGCUACGUGGACGUUACGAAGCUGUCCAAGAACUACUUUGCCCAGAUACAGCUGCAGAUGCACAUGACCCACAAGACGAAGGCGCUGCUCGGAGUGGCAGCGUUGGAUUUCGAAAAGACAAAAAAAGUUACUAAGGUCUGGAUUGACUAUGAUAAGGCGUACGUGGACAAAAUUAUGGCAGAAUCAUACGAAUUUUGGUGCAAAGCGGUGUUCAAAGCUUUGCUGAAGAAACGUGGCUCUAAAAAGUAGCUGUUUCGUUAAUUUACACUGUUCGAAUUUAUAUAUCCAUGAAUUAGCCUUGUUUUAUAUUUGUAUACGGAUUUACGAAUCUCAAUUGUUUCUAAUAAAACAAACAAUGUUGAUGGGAAAUCAUCGUUC